GCUACAUCUUCGACGGUAGUGAGCACAGCGAAUACACGUGGUUCGCUGAGGAGACUGUUUGAAACCGUUGGGAUGGUUUCAGAGCAUAGUUUCCCACUAUUGCGUGUGGACAAGCGUCUUUGUGGGGCACCUCAGCACGUACACCAGGAAUGUGCAAAUACCAUAUUUCGUCUUCUCGAUGAUAAUACUGAAUAUACCCAAAAUUUGGAACCUAG